UAUUUUAUUUAUUAAAUCUGAGCUGACAUCACACCAUUAUUUUUUAAUCUCUCACUCUCUGAAUCUUCACGAAAAUUAUAAUAAAUGAAGUGUUCUUCGAUUUCGCGCAGUUCUUUUAAUCUUAUUUUGUUUUAAUUCUUCAAUUUCCGUUUUUACUUCUGCACCAAUUCAGCCAUGCCUACGCCGCCGAAACGUUGAUCAACGUCCGAUCAAAAUUCAAGCCACAAAAUGUCCCCUUCGUCAGCAUCAUCAUCUUCAGCUGCGUUCGCGGUGAUCUGUCUUCUCCACUCUCUGAUCGCCUUAACAAGCGGGGCCCUGAUGAUUUUCCAUAUGAAGGAAAUCUACACAUUCACCCACGGAGUGGAAACUGCGACAAAGCUACUGGGUUCCAACCCGCACGACCAGCUUUUAAUCCAGACCUCCGAUUCGUUCUCGGGUUUGCUCUUGUUCGCAAUCGGGUUUUUACUGUUUAUGGUUUCUUUCGUUCGGGAUAAGGGAUUUCAGUCGUUUUUCGCUAAAGGGUGUACCGUUUUGCAUAUAUUUAUGGCGUUGUGGAGGGUUUAUUUUGAGAGAAGGGUUGAAUAUUUAGCUUGGGAUUGGCUGAGGAAGACGGUUGGCGAUGUUAUUUUGGGUCUCUCGUGGGUGUUUUUUCUUGUGUAUUCUUGGAGAGAAAAGUACGAUUAAUGUUUAAUCUUGCUUAUCUUCUAAUGACUGGCGUUGUUGAAAUUUAAUUUUUCAUUUGUAGGUCGUUAUGUCAAAUAGUGUAGAUUUUGGGAAAAUGUUAAUGCUAUGUAGUUAUUAAUCUAAAAAAGAAUGGAAAUUGGAAUCAAUGAUGAAGAACUGAUGUGUUACUACACAUUCUUGUUCUA